ACCACUGACUUUUCUCCUUAAAAGUAAUGCUCUAACCAGCAGUCCACAUGUCGUGUAUUGUAUUUAUGUGCAUAAUUUAAUAUUUAACCCUUUAUAAAUUAUUAUUAUUUUUUUUUAACAGAAAAUCUAUUCGUUUUUUUCCAGAUCUAGUAUACCCAUACUAGAAUCACCACUGCCCAACCCAAACUAACUCAAUUCAAAUCCAACCUGUGUAUCCGAAUUGACACCUCUCCCAUGGCAUGGCUAGCCCACACUAAAAACCUAGUGGAACAAAAUUGAUCUUAAAAAAAAAAAAAAGUCUGAACUCCAUUGACACAUAUUGGACCUUCAUAGUCCAGAAAAAAGAAAAAAUAAAAAAUAAAAUCUGGUGCACAUAUAUAUUAAUAUAUGAUUGUGUCAAAAAAAUAAAUUAAUAUAUGAAUACAGAACACACUGGGUAGUUGAAAUUUCUAGCCAAAUUCCCCAUUUCGUAACUUUCACACUCAAUUAAGAGAGAGAAAUUCUCCAAACCUAACAUUCCGCGCGUUUAAUUGGAUCAUCAAUUUCUCAAAAUUCUCCCAAAUUUGCUUAUUCUUCCCUAGUAAUUCUUCGAUUUCAUCGCUUUUACCCUAGUUUCAAUUUUUGUCAGCAAUUUUCAAUUGAUCUUCAUGUUUUUGCUGAUCAAUUUCUGCUGAUUAUGAGUAAAUUUCUUGAAAUUUCCAGCAUUUUGCUAAUUUUGGAUUCUAGUAUGAAUUGUUGAUUGAGUUGAAAGAUGUUUGUAGAAUUCAAUUGAGAUUGGAAUGGUAAAUUAGGAGUGGAAAUGAGUUCGCAGUCGCAGAGGCGGUUGGUGACUACUCGUGACUUGGUUGAAGAAGCUAAGAAGCGAAUUGUCAUUCUUUCGAUAUGUGUUGUUGGUCUUUCUUACCUCAUGUCCUUGACAAGCACCUCAGUUUGGGUGAACCUGCCUGCUGCGGCUGUCCUAGUCAUUAUCUUCCGCUAUUUUUCAUUGGAUUUUGAGUCUCGGAGAAAAGAGGCAGCUUACAAUAACAGGAAUGCUGAAAAGAGUACAAUCCAGGAGAAGCUUCUUGAUGUACCUAAACCUGCUGUGAAGAAGGAUCAAUGGAGAGGGAAAGUUAAUUCCCUUCCUGUUGAGGAUGCAAUUGACCAAUUUACUAGACAUAUAGUUUCUGAAUGGGUCACAGAUCUCUGGUAUUCUAAACUAACCCCUGAUCGGGAUGGUCCAGAGGAACUUGUGCAAUUAAUGAACGGCGUUUUAGGAGAAAUUGCAUACCGCAUGAAACAUAUUAAUCUCAUUGAUCUUCUGAUGAGGGAUGUAAUCCACCUGAUCUGUAAGCAUCUGGAGCUUUUUCGUGUAUGCCAAGCAAAGAUUAAGAAAAACUUGGCGUCACUUUCUUUUAAUCAACGGGAUAUGGAGCUAAAACUAGUCAUGGCAUCUGAGGAUAAAUUACAUCCACUUUUAUUCUCUACUGAGUCUGAACAUAAGGUUUUGCAGCACAUAAUGGAUGGGCUUUUAUCUCUUACUUUCAAACCUGAGGAUCUGCAGUGUUCUUUCUUCCGUUUUGUUUCUCGAGAGCUUCUUGCUUGUGCUGUGUUUCGACCAGUGUUGAAUCUGGCCAACCCAAGAUUCAUUAAUGAAAGAAUUGAACAAGUAGUGAUAUCUGCGAGAAAGAAAAAUGGAGAAGCUGCAUCAACAAAUAAUUCUUCGCUAUCAAAGCAAAAUGGAGGUACUUCUGAUGACUUUUCUCCGUUUCCAGAUCCAUCUGUCUCGGGUGUUGAACUUGUUCAGCUUAAGAGCAGCCAGUCUACAAAGUCUAUGGAUAAACUUGACAGAGAGAAGGUGCAUAGUGAAGAUGCUUCUAAGGAUCCUUUACUGUCAGUUGAUACUCGAUCUACCCGUUCUUGGAGUUCUCUGCCUUUAGGCUCUACAGCUGCUGCUGGUAAUCAUAAUGAUCGAUCAAGCUCUGGAGGUGAAUGGGGUGAUAUGUUGGAUUAUUUCUCUCGCAAGAAGAAACAGGCUCUUGCUCCUGAACAUUUUGAAAAUAUGUGGUCAAAAGGGAGAGAUUACAAUGGUAAAGACACUCAAACAGUGAAUCAUGUUCAUCCAGAGUCUUUGAUAAGGAGAUCUGAUGCAGUUAAUUCUUCAAAAGCCUUUGCAAGACAGAAGGAAAGUGGACGGAAUAUUGCAUCUGCAGAGAGAGGUAAUAUUCUUCCUGUUUCCAGUAUGAGGCCCCAGUCUGAAACCAUGUACAUCCAUGCUGAUAGUAACAUGUUGACUCCACCUCCUCUUACAUCUGAUGAAGGUGAUGAGCACAACAUGUCUUUAGACGAGACAGAUAUGCUAAGCAGUAGUCAAAGUUCCUCAGGUGAUGAAGAAAAUAGAGUCACGGGUCUAGAUUCUCCAACCACCAAAGUAUGGGAUGGUAGAACUAAUAGGAGUUCCGGUGUCUCUCAUAUUCACCAUCCACUCGAGGGAUUAGAGGGAAAGAAGGGAAAGGGUAAUAGAAGGCAGCACCAAAAAUUGCAUAGACAACAAAGUGGUCGGAAAAGGUCUAGAUUAGGCAGUCAAAAGGUGCCAUUGUGGCAAGAGGUUGAGAGGACAAGCUUCUUACCAGGAGAUGGACAAGAUGUACAUCCUUUGAAACCUAACGAGAAAGAUGAUGACUCUAGUGAUGAUUAUGACAUGGAGAUUAUGGGUAGACUUCAGAGCGGAACUACUGCUUCUUCGUCUGCUUCAUUAUUACCUGGAAGCUUUACAUCAUCUGUUAGCUCCUCACAAACUGCAUUCUUAGGUGAUACAUUUUUCAAGCUGAGAUGUGAGGUUUUGGGUGCAAAUAUUGUUACAAGUAGCUCCAAAACCUUUGCUGUAUAUUCCAUAUCAGUCAUAGAUGCUGAAAGAAACAGUUGGUCGAUCAAAAGAAGAUAUCGACAUUUUGAGGAGCUACAUCGACGUUUGAAAGAAUAUCCAGAGUAUAAUCUUCAUUUGCCGCCGAAACAUUUUCUGUCAACUGGUCUUGAUGUGCUUGUAAUUCAAGAACGCUGUAAAUUGCUUGAUCAGUAUCUGAAGAAGCUCAUGCAGCUUCCAACUAUUUCAGGAUCGAUUGAUGUAUGGGAUUUCCUAAGCAUUGACUCUCAGACGUACACAUUUUCCAGUGCCUUUUCCAUCGUUGAGACAUUUUCAGUUAAGCCACAAGAAAACAGUGCGAGUAUGUCCUGUAUUGGUGGCCCAAAAGUGAAUCACUUACAACCUAGGAGUAAUCAUGCGGAAUCUGAUAACAAAGAUCAAUUACCCCGAAAAAAGCCUGUAAAAGAGUUUGGGAAACUUGUGGAGAAUUCAGGUGGAGAUUCAGAUAACAGAAUUCAGAAUAUUGAAAGAAAGGGGAAUGAAGGUGAUCAGCGGCAAAAUAUUGGAAGAGAAGGAGAUACGUCUGAUGAUCCAACGAUUCCUAUGGAGUGGGUGCCACCACAUCUGAGUGUCCCCAUAUUGGAUUUGGUAGAUACUGUGUUUCAGCUGCAAGAAGGAGCUUGGAUCAGGCGGAAGGCUUUUUGGGUGGCCAAACAAGUGUUGCAGCUCGGGAUGGGUGAUGCACUUGAUGAUUGGUUGGUUGAGAAGAUCCAGCGUUUACGCAGGGGAUCUGUAAUUGCUUCAGGGAUUAGACGAGUUGAGCAGAUACUUUGGCCAGAUGGAAUAUUCAUCACAAAGCAUCCUAAUAGACAAAAACCACCUGCCACUGAUAGCCCGUCUCAGAAUUCUUCUCAUGGCCAGCUUCCUGAUAGGAUGUCAUCACCAAAGGCAGAGAAUUUUGAGAAUAAUGCUGAGCUUCAAGAGGAGGAAGCUGAUAGACGUGCCAAAUUUGUCUAUGAGCUAAUGAUUGAUAAUGCUCCUGCCGCUGUUGUAAGCAUUGUUGGCCGUAAGGAGUAUGAACAGUGUGCUAAGGAUCUGUAUUACUUUCUCCAGUCAUCUGUUUGUCUGAAACAGCUUGUCAUGGAUCUCCUUCAACUCGUGCUUUUGUAUGCAUUUCCAGAGCUAGAUCAUGUUUUUAAGCCGCUACAUGAAAAAAAAUACAAGUUUGGAGAAUUCAAGGCUGCUUGAAAGUUUUGCAAAAAUCUGCAAAAAGCCCAUACAAAAAUAUACCCGUUUGAAAUAUCAAGAAUAUCCGUAACAUGUGUAAAUCCUGAUAUCACAAAGUGAGUCUCUAGUUCUUUCAUUUAUUGGACUGCUGAGUUCUGUAAAUUUUGAGGAUGUUUCAGAUGAACCACAGCAAGUUGACCUUUACCCCCACAAUGUAAGUGAAAGCCAUUGAUUGAAGCACUGAAUUGUGCUUAAAAAGUGUAAUGUAAAUUUUGAAUAUGUUUCAGAUACAUCGCAGAAACCUUGUAGAUCGAUCACUAGAUUCCGUUCCUGCUCCUAUAUAGGAUUCAUUUCCUCUUUAAUGCAGGGCAAAUUUUUAAA